ACUUAUUCACUGAUUACUUUUGAUAUCGAAAGUAGCCACUUCACCUUUGCUUAUUUGUAAUUUUUUCAAUUUGAUCAUUUUGUCAUUUACUGAUCGUAUUCUUUACAAGUUCAUUAGAUAUAUUGAAUACUUUUUGUAUUGAAAUAAGGUGUGUUAAAGAACGAAAAUCAUUUACAAAUGGCAAUAGCUCAACCUGCAAAGAUAUCGAUUGAUGAGGGAGAAGAGGCUACAAAGAACUUUUUAGAAUUUGUCAAGAAAAGAACACGAUUUAAAUGGAAUGCAUCUGAAAGUUCCAAUGAUUUAUUACUGAAAAAUAAUAAUUUGACAAUAUAUAAAGAAAAUUACUCGGAUAAGUCUAAUUUAGCAAAAGGCAACCAAGGUUUUACGUCAGGUAUCCAUAUUUUUGAAGUAAACAGUCCAGUAAAAAAGAGGGGAAAAAUUUGUAUAGUUGGCUUUUCGACUAAAGAUGCCCAACUUGAUCGAGAAGAACAACAACAGCUCUGUGGAUCAAACAAUAAUUCAUUUGGUUGGGACUUAAAUAAAAACAAUGCCGUUUGGGGCUCUGGCCGGAAAAUGCCUUAUCCUGCUGAUAUAUCGGAUGAUUUUGAGGCUCCAGACUUUUUUUAUAUGAUUUUAGAUAUGCGCUCGGGGUGUUUAAGCUUUAGGUCGGAUUCUGUUGAAUAUGGCUCGUGUUGUACUUGUCUUGAAAGGAUUUUUCGAAAUGUUCCCCUCUAUCCAACCGUUAAUAUUUCAUCAAAAGGCAGUGAAGUAAGCAUGGCCCUGAUUUAUAGUAACAAUUCACCGAAUGACGACAUCGGUGAUAUUUCUACCUAUUCAUCACUAUGGAAAGAGCUAGCGGAGAAAAUGAAAGUGAGAUCUCUCUCUUCCACAAACUAUAUUAAUGAAAAGUUAAAGUUGUUUUCAAACAUUCCAAGAGUUGCAGAUACUCUAACUACUUCAAUGUAUACACAUCUUAUCAUUGAUUACGACGAGACAGAAUCCUUAAUUAACUACUUGAAAUACUUGCAAUAUAGGAGUAAAAGAACUAAUCUUUCUAAUCCACUUAGUAGUAUUUUAUCAUUUCUCUUGAGAUUUACAUCAAAAAGUCGGAAGUUUUCGAAAACCAUCGUUAACCGAGGUUGUCUAGAUAUUAUCGUAGGAAUUCUGGACAACAUUCUUCGUGUAAAUCAAUUUACGGAUUUACGUUCCUGUCGUUGGAAAGUCUUUGGUUUAAUAAUGAAUAUAUCUUCAGUAUCUGCUAUUCAAGAUGUCAUGAAUAGAGAAGAUCUUAAAUCAUCUUUAAUGGAGAUUUAUAAAAAAGAGGAUAAAGAUUCUUGUUUAUUAUUGAAUUUAAUUUGCCUGAUGAAUAUUUUAAGUGAAAAAGAAAAGGCUACAUUUGAUUUGAAAGAUUCAGCACUUCGCUUAGUUGUUAAACUAGUUGUGGAUUCAUCAAAAUAUGUAGGAUGCAAACUUUCAAAAUACGACAAAGAGUCAGCAGUAGAUGACACCGAUCAAUGUUUUAUUAUAAUUUAUCCUAGAGUAGCUUUCAGCCUAUUGUCCGGAACGUUAACAAGUGACAAUAAUUCUUUAACGUUGCUUAAAGGAUGUCUUAUAGAAAGCCUAUUAAAGAUAUUUCAAAAAGUAGAUAAAGUGCAGGAACAUGCUCAUCACAUAGAGUUGGCUUUGCAUUGUUUAAGUAGAUGUUUACAAACCGUGAUUAGUGUUUCAAAGGAUAACAAGAGUUUAUUAACUGAUGAAGUAUACUCCAACAUUAGAAAUCGCGAAUUACAAGAAUUUUUGAAGAAGUUUUCGUCUAAGUAUCAACCAUCGAUCGUAAAUGUUGCAAAAAUUUGUGAAGCAAGAAUACAUGAAAUUACCAAUGGAGCCGCAAAGAAGAAGAAAUGCGAAAUAGAGAAAAUUGUUACUAGCUUUGUAAGAGAUUAUUUAAAGAUUGACGUUAAAACCUACAUUGAUUCGAGAUUUAAUCGAUGCCAUUGCCGAAAUUGUCAUUUAGCUCGGGGAGGAAGUGACUAUAAGUCGCAAGGUGAACCUAGUAGGAUGUAUCCUGUUCCUAUUGGUUGGUUUAAAUUUGGUUUGAAACUUCCCUCAAGACAUGCAGACAAGUCAAUUGAUGCUUUAAAAAAAUGGCAAAUUGCGUAUCAUGGAACAUCUUAUAAUAAUAUUGUUCCCAUUCUGCAGCAUGGUAAUUUUUUAAAGCCUGGUGAUACUACCCUAGAUGGUAAAAAAAUUAGACCACCAGAAUGGCAUUUUACAGAGGAUAAUAAGCCAGAAGGAUUUAAUGUAAAUCAAACGUUUCUGAGCCCCUCGAUAUUUUAUUCGGAACUUUAUUGCGACCAAGUCAGCUUUAAAGAUAAGACAUUUAAGACAGCUUUCCAAGUUCUAGUAAAGCCUGAUGUUUACACCGUAGGACCAGAGACUAUGAAUCUAGGUACUACGGCUAUCGAUCCAAGGUUACCUAAUGACGAGCUAGAGUGGAUGACUUAUCAUUGUGGCGCAAUCUUCUUAUAUGGUUUCCUGGUGAAAGUUCAAUAA